GUAACGCGAGGGGAGAGGGGGGGGGGGCGGUCAGCAAAGGCGAAGCAAAAGUGUAAGGAGGAAGAGCAGCAAUUCGGUUGCAACCGGGGGUGGACUCGUUGCGGAUUGGGGGUGGGCUGUGAGGAACUAAGCUUCAAAAAUGGGUGUCGAAGGCGGCAUGAAAUGUGUCAGAUUCUUGGUUUUCUUCUUCAAUUUUAUAUUUUGGAUCUGUGGCAUCGCUCUUAUUGCCCUGGGGGUUUAUGUACAGAUUUUGCUGAAUGGAUCCCUGACGAUGUCUAGCGUGGCCUCUUCAGGGGCUCCCAUUGUUAUCCUAAUUGUGGGCGUUAUCAUCUUCUUCAUCGCUUUCUUCGGCUGCUGUGGAGCAUGGAAGGAGAAUUACUGCAUGGUCACCACGUUUGCUGUCCUUUUGACCUUGAUCUUCCUGGUAGAGAUUGCUGCUGCCAUUGCUGGGUACAUCUUCAGGAAUCAGAUCAAAGGUGCGGUUAAGGCCGGAAUCAAUAAAGCAAUGUCUGAAUUCAAACCAAAUACAACAUUUGAAAGUGACAUGGAAAAAUUGCAGAGGGAGUUUAUUUGCUGUGGGGUUACAAACUACACUGACUGGUUUAAUAAGACAGGGUACAAAGACCAAGUUCCUCCAUCAUGCUGCAAAGACAAAACAGAUGAUUGUGCCAACAACCCAACACCUUUCAACGUCUUCCCUGAGGGUUGUGCGACAAAAAUAGAACAGUUGCUGAAGAAACACAUUCUAAUUGUCGCAGCGGUAGCAUUGGGCAUUGCCUUCUUUGAGCUUCUCGGCAUUGUCUUUGCCUGCUGUCUCAUGAAAGGGAUCCGCAGUGGCUACGAGGUCAUGUAGCUGCUCUUCCGUGCCGUGCACCUGCUGCAGCAAUUACACAAAAUGCUGGAAGAUUUCUGUCUCUUUUUCUGGGGUGCAAAUGGCAGGUUCCAGUGUACUUUGGGGCUUUAUUGUGGGAAAGGAGUGGGUAAUUGCAUUCCCUUGUUGCCUUUUGUAAAAUGCAUCUGGCCAUCUGGAAGGAUAUAUUUGUGGCCUUACCUUUUCUGUAACAGGGAGGUGUAGUCCCUGUAGUAUCUUUUACUUCUCUCUACUGCUGAUCAUCCUUUACAUUUACACUCACGUGGGCUGUUAGACUUUUCUCACCUAGUGGUCAUCUUGUGACGAGCAGCUGCUGCUGGGUUCCCAGCAGAUGUUCCUAGUACUCUUCUUAGCUGUGAGCAAGCAUUCUCCAACUGCUGCUUUCCGUGGAUUCGUACAUCUUUAGACUUCUGUAGCUUUUUAUCUUGACACGCCUCCUGAUAACACAGAUUAUCUUGUGCCUUUUCAGCUUUACCUCUUCUGCCUUAGAAAGGCAGGCUCUUCAUUCAGACAGAUGUUUUUUGUUCUGGGAAACCGCAAGGGGACGGGAAAAGUGAAUUGUGGGGCCUGUUUUUAGCUGGUCUCAUUGUUUUGGAAAAUAAAGACAUUUGUUUCCCCAAAA